AUGAUCGCGCGCAUUACCGACUCUCCACCCCCAUCUCCAGAUGAAUCUCCCUUCCGGGUGAUCAUCGUUGGCGCUGGAGUCGCCGGCCUGACCCUUGCCCACUGUCUCGACAAAGCCGGCAUCGACUACCUGGUGCUGGACAAGGGCAUCGUGGCACCCCCAUUCGGGACAACAAUCACCAUCCAGCCGCAUGGCUGUCGCAUUCUCCACCAGCUUGGCAUUCUCGAUGAUGUACUGGACAGCUGCUCUACCAUGGGGCGGUGCUACUACCACACCCCGGACGGGAAAUGCUUCCUAGAUAAUGACUUCUUUCCGAUUGUUAGGAAAUAUACAGGAUACGACACACGCACCCUGAACCGCCAACUCUUCCUCCGCAUCUUGUACAGCCGUCUCCCGGACCCGAGCAAGGUCCUCGAGCGACACCGCGUAGUCGAUAUCAUCGAGGAGUCAGACUCUACCCGAGUGAUCCUGGCCAAUGGCACCGAGCACGUCGGGGACCUGGUCGUCGGUGCAGACGGGGUCCAUAGCAAAAUCCGCGAGAUUCUCUGGGAGAAGGCGAACGCGAGUAUCCCGCAUUUCAUCUCUGCUGCCGAGAAGCGCUCGAUGGUAACAACCUACAACGCCAUUGUCGCGCAAUGCCCCCCCAUCCCCGGCCUCGGCCUCCACGAUAUGCACUCCAUCUCCAACGACCGCUUCUCCUUCCUCCUCCUCUGCCAACCAACCUUCAUUUCCUAUAUCGCGCACUGCAAGCUCCCUGCAGACCAACAAUGCGUCUGGCCGAACCGUGCCCGCUUCGCCGAGGCAGAUAUGGAGGCUCUCGCGCGUAAGCUCGCGUCGUGUCCGAUCAACGAAUCUGUCGUUUUCGGGGAGCUCUGGGCGAAACGGACCAAAGCGCAGCUCAUCUCCCUGGAAGAGGGCGUACUGGACCACUGGUUCUUCAAUCGAACAGUGUUGGCGGGAGACGCUAUCCAUAAGGUGACGCCGAAUUCUGCAUUGGGCGGGUGUACCGCGAUGGAAGAUGUCGUUGCGAUUACGAAUGAGAUCCACACGUUGCUCAAUCAGCAUCCAAAUAAGAAGCCGUCGACGGUCGAGAUUAGUGCGGCCAUGCAGAAGUACCAGGAUGCGCGGAUCGAGCGGGUCAAGACGAUUGUCAAGGUUGGGGGUGAUUUGACCCGGCUGCAGGCCUUUGAUGGGUGGUACUACUAUGUGAUGCAGCGGUGGGUUACGCCGUGGAUUGGGCUGGAUACGUUGGCGAUCAAUAUUGCCAAGUUGUGUAGCGGUGGGGUGAAGUUGAGCUUUGUGGAUUUCAAGGAGCAGAGGGGGUUGUUGGGGUGGCAGGAUAUGAUGACGAAGGAGGCGAGGAGGGAGAUGCUGGCGAGGAAGGAGGCGGUGGGAAUGUCGCGGGAUGUGUCGAAGACGUGGAUUAAGGAAUUGCGUCGUAUUUGGCCGUUGUUGGUGGGAUUGAUUGUGUGUCUUACGUCGACCAUGUUCGCUUUUGUAGCGGUGGUCUAG